UUUUCUUUUUCUUUUUUUUUUUUCUUUUUUUUUCUUUUUCCAAUGCGAUCCCGUUCAUCCGCAUCCUCAUCUUUGCUGGCGCUCGUGCUGGCGGCGCUGGUGGUCGCCCCUUCUGUUCUCGCUCCAGUCCUCGUCGACGCCAUGGUUGCACCAAAGCCCGCCCCCUCUGACGUGGACGAGCUUCGUGCGCUGGCCGAGGUGCAAGCGCUCGGCGAAGUGUCUGCGCGGGUGCAAGUCGAGUGGGCUGCCGACCUCGCCUUGCUCAACGGCCACAUUGCUGCCUCGCUCCACUCUGCCGGUGCCGAGCAGCAUCAGCAUCAGCAGCAGCAGGAGCAGCAGCAGCAGACUGAGCAUGAGCUGGGACUGCGACGCGACGCUGCCUCCUGCCGCGGUCAAGUCCUCUCUCUUGCUUACCGCUCCGCCUGUCUCGGCCACUCGAAUGACCUCAAUCAAGCAACAGUCUGCUUGGCAAGCUGCUUUAACGCAUACACGGCGCUCGCGACAGAGCUGGCAUCCCCGGGUUGCCGCGGAGUGAAACUGAGCGUCGCUGACGAUGCGUCGGCGGAAUCCUACCUGGCCACCAUCAAGAUGCAAUUCCUGCCGACAAGCCACCUGUUUUGCGAGUCGGGAAGGGCGGGCUCGUCGCCAAGCACAGGAAUGACGCUGGUUGGCGCAGGAGCUGCGCGGAGUGUGUGCGGCGAUCGCAAGUGCGACGCGACAGAGUCCUGCGAGUCUUGCUCGGUCGACUGUGGCACCUGCCGCGUGUGCGGGGACGGCUUUUGCUCGACCGACUACGAAACUUGCCGCUCGUGCCCACAUGACUGCGGCGUCUGCCCGUCGUGCGGCGACGGCGUGUGCAACGGAAACGAGCACUGCGAUACGUGCCCGAACGACUGCGGCGAGUGCAUUUCGUGCGGCGACAAAGUGUGCAAUGGUCGUGAGACGUGCCAGAACUGCUGGGCCGACUGCGGGGCGUGCCCGACGUGCGGCGACGGCAAGUGCGACCUGGUUGUUCAGGGCGCCGGUCCCACGCUCUUCCAGUACAAGGAGACGCUCGUCUCGUGCCCCCUCGACUGCGAACCGCGCAACGUUACCAUCUACGUAAUUGGUCGUCCCGAGAACAACAGCACCGAGGAGCAAGCGUCCCGCGCACGUAGACGAGAGGAAGGCAUGCAGGCUAGCAGGGAGCUCUACGAGGCCACAGCUUACACCAUCAAGCCCUUCGACCUCGAUCCCAGCUUUUCCCCAUCCGCAGAGCACCACGCCCAGCUGGAAGCCGAGUGGGUCGAGCUUGAGAAUGCUCGUGUGGCCGAGCUCAAGCGUCGAGACGCCGAGCUCUUUGCGCCCAAGCCGCUCUCGGACGAUGAGAUUCGCGAACUCUUCCCAGCGUAUGCCGACGCCAUCAUUGCUCAGCGCAUGGACCAGGAAAUUGAGAACGAGCUGGCCUUGUACAAUGAAGUUCGCAGCCCUGCUCUCAAGGCCCAUUUCGCGUCGCACGAAACGCGUCAGCAGGCGGCGCGGGAAUCGCGAGCACAGCAAUUGGCCCUGGAGGCUCGACAGGAGCGCGAGCAGCCAAAGCGCAUCAUUAUCAAGCAUGUUGAUUUGCAAGCGCUGCACAAUCGUCGUCGCGAGCUUCCCCACUUGCAUCAAAUCUUCAACUCCAUGUCGCCGCCGGAAGAGGGUUUGUCGUAUCAAGUCGAUGGCUUUGUGGAGGACUUUGAGAUUACUGAGAUUAUCACCCAGGUCGGCUCGCUGGACUUGAACGAACCACGGCCCGAGCAAACGGUCGAGCGGGUCGUUGCUUCUUCUGACGACUCGAGCGUGUCGAGUCACGGCCGCCGUGGCGUUGCGCCAGAACCCGCCGCAGCAGAAGCAGCCGCAGCAGCCGCAUCUCAUCCAGAGGACGCCGUCGAGCCAGACGCAACAACGACCUCGCACAAGAUUGCCAUCCUGACAGCCAAGCAGCUCCAGUUCUUGGGUGUUGGUGCUGGUGUGAUGCUGGUGGUUGGACUCGUGUCUGCGCUUGCUUCCUACCGAAAGCACCGGAGGACGACAGACAUCAAGCCGGCAAGCACUGCGUCGCCCGUCGCAGCCAAGCGCUCACAGCCAUCUGCAUCGUCAGUGGAGGCAGCCGCGCCCGAGGUGUUGCCCGUUGAGAAGGAUGUGACUGCGAAAGACACAACGCGAUCCACCGUGGAGGUUGAGAAGGGCACCUUGCGAGUGCUCCCUGGCCUGCCGCAACUGCGCGAAUCUUCUGCCUGCUCCACACCCGAGGCGGAGACAGACACCAGACGGUCCAUUCCGGGCAGUUCUUCGCCCCUUUCAUCGCCUCUCCGUGCGCGAUGAGUGAACAUAUUACACUUAGUUUUGUUUCUUGUUUUUUCUUGUGAUGGUUGAGAUUGGUUCCUUCUCAGCCCUUGUGCGUUGUGCAUUUGUGCUUUAUUACUGCUGUUGCGAUUUUUUUUUUACUCAUCCUCCAAAGCACGAUCUUUGGCGUGAUGUUUUCUUUUGGUUUUGCUGUUUUUGAUUGUUUUGGCGUGCUGCAUGAUUUUUUGUUUUUUUUGCGGCCGCUUUCCUGUCUGUUAAGUUUUCCUUGUAUCAUCUCUGAGCCCUCUUCCACGUUUUGGUUUGGCUGUGCCUGUCAUGCGUGUUUGCUAUCUUCUUGCAGUUUCCCCCCCCCCCGUUGAUUUCCUUUUGUGCAAAUACAUGCUUCCUGAUUUUAA